AAUCAAGAAACCACAUCUCUCUGUUUCCAAUCAAGCGUUCAUGGCUUCUUCUUGGAAGCGUUUGUUGCCACCUGAGCUAAUAGAAGAGAUACUAAUCAGGACUCCUGCUGAGUCUUUGAACCGAUUCAAGUCGACGUGCAAGCAAUGGUACGAUCUCAUCACCGACAAAAGAUUCAUGUACAAUCACUUGGAUCGCUCUCCGCAACGUUUCAUAAGGAUCGAUGAUGGUCAGACGGUUCAAAUCAUGGAUCCGGUGACCGGAAUCCAUAAAGAUUCACCAGUCCCAGACGUGUUCCGUUAUCCACAUUCGCUUCUUGAUUCUAUGGUUCACUGUGAUGGACUCAUGCUGUGUUUCGGUGGUUACCCGAUUUACGAUAGAGAAAGAGACGUCGAUCUUGCAGUUUGGAAUCCGGUUACGAGUAAAAUCAAAUGGAUCGAACCGUUGGUCUGUUACUCUGAAACUGAUUACUUUGGGAUUGGAUACGACAAUACGUGUCGCCAUAACUACAAGAUCUUGAGGUUUUCUGGUCCUCUGACUUUUGAUGAUCCAGAACAGUGUGAGAUCUAUGAAUUCAAGUCUGAUUCGUGGAGAACUGUUGAUGCUAAGUUCGAUUGGGAUGUUGAUCCUCAGUGCAAAGGUGUGUCAGUGAAUGGUAAUAUGUAUUGGGUUACUGAUGCUGCGCCUGUAUAUAAUCAAAUGCAAGGGUUUAUUCUAAGUUUUGAUUUCACCAUGGAAACGUUCAAGAACCUAUGUGUUUGUCCUCCUUUCCACGAGACUAGACAAUUAGCCUGUUUCAGUGGAGAUAGGCUCUCUUUAUUACUACAAGAUAUACAACAUGGUAUCGAAGAUGUAUCAACUGAGAUUGAGGUGUGGGUGACAAACAAGUUGACUGAUGGAGUUGUGUCGUUUACCAAAUAUUUUAAUGUCACUAGCCCUCAGCUUCCGUUGUUACAGUUCCAUACUGAUACGGCUCGUCCGGGAUACUCCAUUGGAAAUCACAAAAACAUCAUGGCAUGGUGCGAAGAAAAAGUCAAGGAAGACGAUGAUACGUGGGGUGCUUGCAUCACUUUUUACCAAAUUGAUCAAGGUGGGAUCAGAAAACAAAUCGAGACAGGACGACAUGGAUAUUACUUCGGUGACCCGAUUAUUUGUAGCUAUGUGUACGUUCCAAGUCUGAUUCCGGUUCCAGACUAAGAAGGUUGUUCUGUGUUCUUGAAACUCUGUUUUUUUUUAUUUUUCUUUGUGUUUAUUUAUCGUUGAUCAAGGAUCAUCCUUCUACCAUGUAUUUUGGCAUCAACUAUGUUACUGUACUGCAGAUGUUAUUGACAUAGACUAAGUUUUCAAUUCUGUUAUGAUCUUGGCAAGUUUUACGUUUUGGUCCACAGUA